CAAACACUCCAUCCAAACAGGCCGGGUUAGUUCCGUUGACAGCUACAACCUUUGGCUUGAAAAGCUGUACGAUUUCACAGAGAUUUAUCCAUUCUUAAAGGAACACCCUUCCAUAGGCUCCAUAUUUUGGGUUCUUGCAAUGGGUUAGUGCUUCUGUCAGUGGAUAGCCAUAUUUUUCUGUGGAACCCAUCCACCCGACAUUGUACAAAAGUGCUUGAGCUUGAAUGCUUGACAGAUUCUGUAAGAGGCUUUGCAUCAGGAUUUUUUUAUGACUCUUCCCGGGGAGACUACAAGGCCGUCCUAUUACUUCCCGAUUUUGUUAUUGUUGCUAGCCUCAGACAGAAAGAGUGGAAACAAGUGUCCUCCCCUUAUGACCUGCUUUUAAACAGGGCAACCCUUCACUUUCUUAAUAGAUUGCAUUUGGUACUAAAUGGUGUUAAGGUUUCAAGACUUCCCUUAUUCACGAUGCGAGAAGCUUGUGUAUUUUGAUCCGGAUACUGAAAAGUUUGAACUUUUGCCUACCCCUAAAGUUAAGGAGGGAGGAUUCAACAUAAUAGGUGCUUUGGGAGUUAUACAGGGUUUUCUUUCUAUGGCUCUUUUUGUGAGUAAUGAUAUAGAAAUACUUGCCAUGAAGGAAUAUGGUGUUGCAGAAUCAUGGGUUACUUUGUAUACCAUCUCACAGCAUAAACUCUGUGUUAGAAACAAUUCCUAUUUUAUCAAAUGUCCCCGAAGGGAAAAUUCCAGAGUAACAUUUUAUUCUCAGAAGAAUAAUGUUCUCAUUUGUGGCAUUGGGUUCACUGGGAAAUAUUUGUGAUUGAUAUGAAGACAAAAGAAAGAAGAAGAAAGACUGUAGUAGACUGCGUAAAGGCUGAAAACGUUGUUGGUACAUGUUUGUACGCUGAAAGUCUUGCUUCACCUCAUGAAUAUACUUGGAUUGAUGAACAACACAAACACUUUUCCAAGAAGAUCAAAUGGAUAGGACCCAAUUUGAGGAAAAGGAGAAAAGACAAUUACUAAAAGAUACUAGAUUAUAUGAGGUGAAGCUCGAUCAACAAGGUCGAUGCAUGUCAUAUGUUGCUCCAUUUUUUGUUUCCAAGUUGUUAGAUUGUUAUUUUCUCCAUAUCUAGUCCUAUAUAUUUUAGUUAUUUGUUUGAAUUGUAUAAGAAAUAUAGAAAUAUUCACCAUUUUGUUCCAUGUUGCUAUUAUACUGUUAUAGCUAUUUUAAAGGGACGGGUAUGUUGGACUUGAG